ACGCGAGGCGGCGGAGAUGGCGACGCGGGCGAAGGACCUGGCGAAGCGGUCGACCAAGUACUACGUGGAGGAGGCGCUGUACAAGCGGCUGUUCCGGCGGGGCUCGACGCCGCAGGCGGUGCGGGAGGAGGUGGAUGGCUUCCUCGACAGCCGGAAGCGCGCCUUCAAGUGGGAGGUCGGCGUCUGCGUCCGCCGGCUCCGGCGGCAGGAGCUCUACCGCCCGGCCCUCAAGCUUACUGAAGUUAUGAGCAGAAGAGGCAUGAAUCCUACAGUCGGUGAUCAAGCAAUCCGCCUGGAUCUUGUUGCUAAGUCUAGAGGCAUAGCUGCUGCUGAGAAGUACUUCAUGGAUCUCCCAGAAACUUCUAAAACUCAUCUCACAUAUGGAGCUCUUCUCAAUUGUUACUGCAAGGAUUUAAUGAUUGAGAAGGCCCUGGCCCUUAUGGAAAAAAUGAGGGAGCUCAACUUUGCUUUCACUGCCAUGUCCUACAACAGCUUUAUGACACUGUACACUAAGGUCAACCAACCUGAAAAGGUCCCCGGCAUCAUCCAGGCCAUGAAGGCAGAGGAUGUAUCACCAGAUGUCUACACUUAUAAUGUUUGGAUGAGGUCACUUGCAGCUCGUCAAGACAUAUCAGGGGUCGAGAGGGUGAUUGAAGAGAUGGCAAGGGAUGGACGUGUUGCUCCUGAUUGGACAACAUACAGUAACCUGGCUUCCAUAUACGUUGAUGCUGGGUUGACUGAGAAGGCAGAAGCUGCUCUGAAGGCACUAGAGAAGCGGAACACUGGCAAUGACCUUGAAGCCUACCAGUUCCUCAUCACAUUGUAUGGGCGAACGAAAAAUUUAGUGGAAGUUCAUCGUGUUUGGCGGUCAUUGAAGCGGAAUAAUCCUAGAAAGGCAAACAUGAGCUAUCUCAACAUGAUUCAAGUUCUGGCGAACUUGAAGGAUCUGCCUGCUGCUGAGGCCUGUUUCAAAGAGUGGGAAGCCCGGUACAUCCGUCCACCCAAGACUAAAGCAACUGAUGCUGUGACAACUGAAGCUUCUAAGUUGGGCGAAGAAUCUACAACUAACGCAUCCAACAAUGAUUCUGAUGUUAAGGGAACCAAGGAGAAGGGAACAGAGGAGCUUGACCUGAAACACCCCAAAUAUGACAUCCGGGUUGCCAAUGCUCUGAUCAAGGCAUACAUCUCAGAGGGUAUGCUUGACAAGGCAAUUGCUCUCAAGAAGCGUGCCAAGAUGCGUGGAGGAAGGCUUAACGCCAAGACGUGGGAGAUUUUCAUGGAGCACUAUCUCAAGGAAGGGGAUCUCAAGAAUGCUCACUGGUGCGCUGACCGUGCGAUCAAGAAGGGGCACAGCAGUGGUAGGAUCUGGGUGCCGCCACGUGACGUGACCGAGACCUUGAUGGGUUACUUUGAGAAGAAGAAAGACGUAGAUGGAGCUGAGCAGUUCGUCGAUGUGCUCAAGAAGGUGCAGAAAGAUCUGGGGACGGUGGUGUUUGAACCGCUUGUACGAACAUACGCGGCGGCUGGGAAGAAAUUCCCCGGGAUGCGGCACCGUCUGAAGAUCGAAAACGUGGAAGUUGGCGAGGAGACUUCCAAGCUGGUUGAUUCCAUCUGUGUGGAUUAAUUGAUUAGCAUCCCUCUUUUUGUUCAUCUCAAUAAGAGACAGCAGGAUGCUUCAAUUCUUCUUUUGCGUUUUUUCUUCUGCAAAUUCUGUAACGCCAGGAUGUAUACUGAAAUUUAGCCUGACAUUUGUUUCUGUUUAUCGGCUGCUUCCGCACACCAUGGGAGUCGUCCAUGGGCGUGAAGCACUCUGUUUGAAAUGAUCUGCUUUUCAGUUGUACCAGUGUUCUGUCUGUGGUUGGCGGAAUGAACUGCACAUGUUUUGCUUGUUGAAAUCAAA